UCCUUCCACCAGUCCUCCAGCGUUUCCAGAAGUUGCUGCUCCCUGGCACGGUGGCAGCUGGCAGGCUGGCUCGCACGCGUCCACCGACCAGGCCGGGCCAGCUCAGGGGCGGAGCCGCUCGCCUCCUCCUCUGCCGCCGCGGCGGCUGCUGGCGAUGAACGGCGGGAUCCCUGGAUUCCACAAUGCGCCGGCGUCGAGGGCCGUGGUCGUCGCCGCCGCGCUCUUCUCCGUCCCCUUCGGCUUCCGCGGCCGCUUCCUCGACCUCGGCCUGUCCUACCAGAAUGUUUAUGAAAAGCUGAGUAUAUGGAGGCUGAUCACCUCGGUGUUUGCUUUCUCGUCGACCCCUGAGCUGAUCUUUGGAGCCACCCUGCUGUACUACUUUAGGGUAUUCGAAAGGCAAAUAGGUUCUAACAAGUAUGCUGUCUUCAUAGUCUUCUCCACCGUGGUGUCUGUCCUGCUUCAGAUCCUUGCUUUAGGUUACCUGAAAGAUCCUUCAAUAAAUCCACUCACGUCAGGACCGUAUGGCCUCAUUUUUGCAUCUUAUGUGCCAUUCUUCUUUGACAUUCCAAUCUCAAUGAAGUUUCGCAUAUUGGGCUUGAGCUUAAGUGAUAAAUCAUUUGUAUAUCUGGCGGGACUCCAGCUUCUUUUCUCAUCUGGAAGACGUUCUGUUGUACCUGGAGUUUCUGGCAUACUAGCUGGCCUUUUGUAUCGCCUGAAUGCAUUUGGGAUCCGCAGGUUGAAGUUCCCAGAAUUUGCAACAUCAUUCUUCUCGCGGUUAUCAUGGCCCUUUUCUAGCAAUCCUUAUCAAGGGUUACCGACCACAGAAAAUGAUGGAAACAUCCCUUCUCACCAAGUACAUCAAACUGAGGUUGCGCGCACAGCUACCCAAGACCCCACAGAAUCCUCCAUUUCCGCACUAAUGUCCAUGGGCUUCGAUCGUAGCUCUGCAAUUCAGGCUCUUGCGUUGACAAACUAUGACGUCAACUUGGCCUCAAACAUUCUGCUUGAAGCACAAGCUCUGCAGCAAUGAUACCCUGGAGUGAAAACGAUACAUAGAUAGAUGCUCUGUACAUUAAUGGAUGUGAAGUAUUUCAAAUUUUCAUUCAUUCUUCUAUAUCAGACUUUAUCUCAGAAUUUAUCGGUCAAACAAACCAUUGUAUUGACACAGAAAAGAGUGGAACUAAGCACAAUGAAUACAUGAGCUUUCUCUAUUUGCUUGCUA